CUUGAUUUUAACAAACAACACAACACAACCCAACACAACCACCAUAAAGAAAGAGAGAAGAAAUUCUCAACCAAAAGUUUUGAUGAUGCAUUCGAUGUUCAGUCCCUUUGAUGCUUUGUGCGCUGAUUUCUUGGGCAAGAAGACCCAAUUCUCCACUACUUCUGCAGAGACCAACAAGAAGAAUGGAGUACUGGUCAAGAAGAUAGAGGAGACGGAGAACUUUAAGGAGAAGAAGAGAGAACGGGCUGCUGCUGCUGCUCCCGUGAGAGACCACCACAAGGCGCCGCGGUUUGCACCGGAAUUGGAUGGACUCUACUGCUUUGAGACUCUGGUCUCCUAUUAGUACUAAUUAACCCAAAAGUGUUUCUGUUUUGGGUUUCUUCUUGUAUGGAUUUUAGAGAUUAAGUUCAUGUGAAUACAUAUAUAUAUCUAUAUCUAUAGAGAGAGAGAGAGGAGAAAAAUUCUUUGAUUGAUUCGAUGUUGGUAUGAGCAAUAUAAAUGUCUGGUUUACAAUUUUACAAUUACCAUAUCCUGCAUCUUUCAAGUGAAUAAAAAGCAACUGAAUUUCUUUGCUCCCA